AUGAAAUUGACUAAUAACAAUACUUUUUAUGGAAAAUUUAGCGAAACUAAUUAACUUAGCUCCAGUAUCCAAUACUAAUCAAAUCCAUAAUUAUCUUUACAAGAACAGAAAGAUUCUAAUAUCAUCAUGUUCCUUAAAUUUUAUCACUUAAAUAUCUUUGUCUAACAACACAAAAAUUAAACUGGCUACCUUAAUUGA